CCUUUAAUGUUUUAUGUGGUAACCUUUUGAUAUGCAUCCAUUAACACAGCGUACCCACAGUCUAAUCAAGCACUACUGUUUACCUCAAGUCAUUCACUGCUGGAUGGACAGACGCACUGUGACCAGCAGGGCUAUUGCUGACUCAGUAGAACGUGUUUGUAGAUCUGAAGCAGCUCGGUGGGUUGUUUGUUUGUUAUAUAUGUUUUUAUGAUGCGUUAAGUAGCUGGCUGUUUGUCCCCUGUAUCCACCCGUCUUUCUGUCACAGCGCGACAAAACACAGAACACGCGUUCUGUGUGUUUUCUGUGUUACAUGUGUGUGUGUAUUGCUUUGUGUGUGGAGGAAGAAGGGGGGAGGGGGGGUUGUGGCCCAGACGGUCAGCCUGGGGCUAGAGGGGAUGAGGUUUCUCCACAGGAGGUGGGCAUCCACUGGAGCUUUCAGUUUGUCCCUCUGUGGAGCCAAAGAGCAGAAAAGGGACAAAGAGACGCAUUGAAGUCAACAGGCAGGUGUAUUUCAGAGUGAUUUGUGUGUUCGGACAGAUGAGACCUCUGAGCAGGUGGAAUCCUCACUGCUGACUCUGUGCCAUUUCAGAAUAGCUGAGCCAAGGAGAAUAGAGUCAGACAGGGCUCAGCGUUUCAACAACAGUCUGCAGCGUCACCUUCCAGCUUCUCCACAUUUCACGUGUGGAGUUCAGCUGCCACGACCACCUGAUGAACUCUCUCACACACACACACACACACACGCACACACACACACACACACAGAUACAUGUAGUGACACAGGAGAGCUUCAUGACCCCGUAGUGUAACAUCAUGAUUAGCUGCUUAAUCAAUACCAGAUUAUAAUAGCAAAUAUUUUAAACUUAAACUGACUUUAACAAAUUUCCCCUAACGGGAUGAAUAAAGUAUCUUAUCUAUCUAAAGUUUUUUGUGAGUGGCUCAUAGUGUCACGCUGCGGUUUCCUGCUCUGAUUAUCUCUCGCGUUAUUUUAGUAACAUCUAUAUAUCUGACAGUGUACCGCGCAAUAGACGCCCUCUGUUCAUAACAGCAUUAAAGGGACACUCAGUCACCAGCUUUACUUGUCACGUCGCAUGAUGCUCGAGCAAGUAACCCUGAUGAUGUCAUAGUGAUGUCGUGUGUUAUUUUCUCCUGGGCUUGGCCUCUGUACAUCACACGCUGGGGUUGUGGAGUUUUAAAGAUGUGGGCGUUAACCAGGCAUGGAGGGUCGAAUGAAAGAUGCUAUUGCACUGCAUUAUGGGAAUUGUAGGAUUUUUUAGAGCCUGACCCUUACCAUAGGCUUAAAGCCAGAGUUUCUCAGUCUCUGCUGGAUUGAUUUUCACCUUUCCUUUUUUGAGUCUGUGGCAAGACCCCCUUUAAAGGCAGUCCCACCACAGUCAUUCAAUAUUCAAUAUAGUCUGCUUUAAUUUAAGAUAGACUAUUAGAAUCUUGUUCAACUGUCUUCUGUGGCAGCGUUUAAAGAAAAACUGAUGACGAUGUUUAAUCUGAUUCCUAAUGAGUCUCUACCAGUCAACUGUCAGUUUGUUUGGAAAGUAAAGAGGAACACGGCAACGUGACUCAUUUUAGCAGUUAUUAGAUAGUCAUAUCAUAUCAUAGCCUCAUAUUCAUCACCAUCAGCUGCUCCUCACAGGCUCCACUUCUCUCCUUCACGGCUGCACUGAAAGUCACUUUGUGUCUGAAGAUGACGACUCAUUUUAAUUAAAGUCCAUUUGCCUCAGAGCCGAGAAGAAUGUCCGACGUUCAUGUGGACGGAGAAUGAGCUGCGCAUGUGAAACGGCUUCAGAAUAAAGAGGAGUCAAGGCUGAGUUAGAGAUGAAAGGUGACACAGAAUUCCCAAAUUCUGUCUUGUCUUGUGAGAUGUUCACAGAUUAUGUUAGAAGAGAGAUGGAGGCAAAGGGGGGUCACACAGGCAAGGGGGAGGGGGGGUGGAGGAGAGGAAGGGAGAGACAGAUAACAAAACAAAGCAGCCAUUUCUGUUGCACCACUGAGAUGUAGAGUGGGAGAGAGAGAGAGAGAGAGAGAGAGAGAGAGAGAGAGCGCGCGCAGCGGAGCUUCAGAGCUGAGGGCAGCUUUGCACCAUGACAGCUGGAGAAGAUAAGAACUUUGAGGAUGAAGACUCUGUGGAUGGAGGCCGGUCCUCCUCCUCAUCAUCCAAAGCUCCCCCUAGUGGCAGGAGGCCUGUAGUGAGCGCUGUUAGAAGACCCAGCUCAGCCACCGCGACCAAGGUCACAGGUAAAGAAGCAGCUGCCGGGGCUGUUGAUGAAGAGGAUUUUAUUAAAACCUUUGAAGACGUGCCCUCAGUCCAGAUCUACUCCAACAGAGAGCUAGAGGACCAGCUGACCAAGAUCAGAGAAGUGCUGUCUGAUGACAAACACGACUGGGAGCACCGAGUGGUCGCGCUGAAGAAGGUGCGUUCUCUCCUGCUGGCCGGGGCGACUGAGUACGAGGGUUUCCCUCAGCAGCUGCGUCUCCUGGAGGCUCCCCUCAAGCUGUCAGCUAAAGACCUGCGCUCACAGGUGGUCCGCGAGGCCUGCAUCACUCUGGGACAUUUGUCAUCAUUACUGGGAAACAAGUUUGACCACGGAGCGGAGAGCAUCAUGCCCACCCUGCUGAACCUUGUGCCCAACAGUGCCAAAGUCAUGGCCACGUCCGGAGUGGCCACCAUCCGCCUCAUCCUCAGGCGCACGCAUUACCCACGUCUUAUCCCCAUCAUCACCAGCAACUGUGCCUGCAAAUCAGUAGCAGUCAGACGACGCUGUUUUGAGUUCUUAGACCUCAUGCUACUAGAGUGGCCCACUAACACACUGGAAAGACAUGUGGCUGUUCUGACUGAGACCAUCAAGAAAGGCAUACACGAUGCCGACUCUGAGGCCAGAUCCAUUGCAAGAAAGUGCUAUUGGGGUUUCCACGGUCACUACAGCCGCGAGGCAGAGCACCUGUUCCAGGCGCUGGAGUCCACCUAUCAGAAGGCCCUGCAGUCUCACCUGAAGGGCUCUGACAGCAUCGUGUCUCUACCCCAGUCAGACCGCUCGUCCUCGUCCUCCCAGGAGAGUCUGAACCGUCCGUUGUCUGUGAAGAGUGUCAUAGGAGGGAGCAUAACAAGGAGUAAGCUGGUGAGCGCCAGGGUGUCGACCACAUCGGGUUCUCUCCAGCGUUCCCGCAGUGACAUCGAUGUAAACGCCGCCUCCAGCUCCAAGUCCCGUCUGUCCACCGUUCCUGCCUCCUCGCCGUUCGGCUCUGCGGCCGCCCUCCCCCCAGGGUCCUACGCCUCAUUAGAUGGCACUCCCGGUAAAAGUGAUGGUCGCGUUCGUACCAGGAGACAGAGCUCGGGCAGCGUGGGCGGAGCCAGUACCUUAGUGGUGGACAGUAGGGGGCGCAGCAGAGCCAAAGUUGUCUCUCAGUCCCAGCGAUCCAGAUCAGCCAAUCCCAUCAAUGCCGGCAGCCGCUCCAGCUCCCCGGGCAAGCUGCUCGGCCACGGCAGCUACGGCCGGAUCCCUCGAGCCACGGUGUCGGCCUGCACCACGCCGGCUGACAAGCGCACCAGGAUCCCUCGCAGCCAGGGCUGCAGCCGCGAGACCAGCCCCAGCCGACUGGGUCUCGCCAGCCUGUGUGGUAAAGCUCUUCUUCCUGCUGCUCUUCCCUACCGCACGCUAGCCCGGAGCCGCAUUCCCCGUCCCAGCAUGAGUCAGGGUUGCAGUCGCGACACCAGUCGUGAGAGCAGCCGCGACACCAGCCCCGCUCGGGGCUUCACUCCUCUGGAUCGAUACGGUUUAAUUCACCAAGCAAGGAUCUCGGCGUCAGUCAACGCCAUGAGGGUCCUAAACACUGGCACAGAGGUGGAGGCAGCCGUUGCUGAUGCUCUGCUAUUAGGAGACUCCAGGAAUAAGAGGAAGCCGUUGAGGCGGAGGUACGAGUCCCCGGGCAUGUACUCUGACGACGACGCCAACAGCGACGCGUCCAGUGCCUGCUCAGAGCGCUCAUAUGGCUCGAGGAACGGAGGCAUCCCCCAUUACCUGCGGCAGACGGAGGACGUGGCGGAGGUCCUGAACCACUGCGCCAGCUCCAACUGGUCCGAGAGGAAGGAGGGCUUGCUGGGCCUGCAGAACCUCUUCAAGAGCCAAAGAAUACUGAGCCGAGUGGAGCUGAAGAGACUUUGUGAGAUCUUCACGAGGAUGUUUGCAGAUCCACAUAGCAAGAGAGUGUUCAGCAUGUUCCUGGAGACUCUUGUGGACUUCAUCACAGUGCACAGAGAAGACCUGCAGGACUGGCUUUUUGUCCUGCUCACUCAGCUGCUGAAGAAGAUGGGGGCAGAUCUGCUGGGCUCAGUCCAGGCCAAAGUCCAGAAGGCUCUGGAUGUCACAAGGGAGUCCUUCCCAUUUGACCAGCAGUUCAACAUUCUGAUGAGGUUUAUCGUGGAUCAGACUCAGACACCUAAUCUGAAGGUUAAGGUGGCCAUCCUGAAGUACAUUGAGUCUCUGGCUCGGCAGAUGGACCCGACAGACUUUGUCAACUCCAGCGAGACGCGCCUGGCCGUGUCUCGCAUCAUCACCUGGACCACUGAACCCAAAAGUUCUGAUGUCAGGAAGACCCUUCAUAACUGGGUGAGCGAGGAGCUAGCUGGCAGGUCCAGUACUGCGGCCUCACUGUCCGCUGAGGGCAACCAGGAAGAAAGGUGUAAGCAGGCGGCCCAGGUGGUACUGAUUUCUUUGUUUGAGCUCAACACCCCGGAGUUCACCAUGCUGCUGGGAGCUCUCCCCAAGACCUUCCAGGACGGCGCCACCAAACUGCUGCACAACCACCUGAAGAACUCCAGCAACACCAGCAGCGGUGUGGGUUCUCCUAGCAACACCAUUGGCCGGACACCGACACGCCACACCCCCAGCAGAACCAGCCCCCUCACCUCUCCGACAAACUGUUCCCACGGAGGACUGUCUCCAAGUCGGUUAUGGGGUUGGGGUGUCGACGGACUCUCAAAGCAUCCCCCUGCCCCUCCUCCUCCUCCUCCGCCCCACUCCACCCCUGCUGCCCCCUCCCUAAGGGUCCUCCGCAGAGCGUAUUCACCCAGCAUGAUGGAGUACGACACCGAGAACAUGAACUCGGAGGAGAUCUACAGCUCGCUGCGCGGCGUCACCGAGGCCAUCCAGAGCUUCAGCUACCGGAGCCAGGAGGACCUGAACGAGCCAAUCAGACAGGAGGGCAAGAGGGACGACGCCGCAGGAAGAGAGGGCGUAGCAUCCUCUCCUGGCUCUGACGCCCGCCUCGGUCUAGACACGGUGGAAGGGGGCCGCAACGCCUUGGACAACAAGACCUCCCUACUCAACACGCCAUCGCCCCGCUCCUUCUCUGGGCCGCGGGGCCGGGAGUUCGCUCCUUAUGGCUACGGAGAAACCAUCUGCACAUACGACAAGACCGCCCUGAAGGAGGCCGUGUUUGACGACGACGUGGAGCAGUUCAGAGACUGUCGCCGUCAGGAAAGUGCCGAAAACAAGAUGACGCUCCCCAAGGUCUUUGCUCCCGCAAUCAGUCACGACCACUCGGACCUGGUAGCCGACCUGCUUAAGGAACUGUCCAAUCACAACGAGCGUUCCGAGGAGCGUAAAGGCGCCCUGGUGGAGCUGCUAAAGAUCACACGGGAGGACAGCCUGGCUGUGUGGGACGAACACUUCAAAACCAUCCUCCUGCUCCUGCUGGAGACGCUGGGUGAUAAAGAUCACACCAUCCGAGCCCUGGCCCUGCGUCUGCUGAAAGAGAUUCUGAGGAACCAGCCGGCCCGCUUCAAAAACUAUGCUGAGCUAACCAUCAUGAAGACCCUGGAGGCUCACAAAGACUCUCACAAGGAGGUGGUGCGUGCGGCCGAGGAGGCGGCGUCCACCCUGGCCGGCUCCAUCCACCCUGAGCAGUGCAUCAAGGUGCUGUGUCCUAUCGUGCAGACAGCCGACUACCCCAUCAACCUGGCUGCCAUCAAGAUGCAAACCAAAGUCAUUGAACGCAUCGCCAAGGACUCCUUACUGCAGCUGCUGCCUGACAUCAUCCCAGGACUCCUACAGGGCUAUGACAACACAGAGAGCAGCGUUCGCAAGGCCAGCGUGUUCUGUUUGGUGGCUAUCUACUCUGUGAUUGGUGAGGAUCUCAAGCCCCACCUGGCACUGCUCACGGGCAGCAAGAUGAAGUUACUGAACCUGUACAUCAAGCGAGCCCAGACGACCAACAGCAAUAGCAGCAGUUCCUCGGACGUCUCCUCCCACAGUUAAUGGAGGGAGGUUUCAUUUGGAGACCCUGUGGAUGGACGAAGCUGGAAGAUCUCCGGGGCUUCUUUCAGACUGCUCCGUCUCCGAGCUCCCCUCCUCCUCCUCCUCCUCCUCCUCCUCCUCCUAGCUCAAGCUCCACUGCGCUUCUCCCAUUUGGAGGAGAUCCUGUCAGCAACCUAUUUAUCAUGUAGUUCCCCCUCCCCCCACCUUUGCUCUAGGAACCUUUUGAAUGUAACCGUGGUUUGGGUUUGGACUGGUGGGGAGGGAAUCAACACAUUUGGAGUUUUUGGAUGUAGGAAAAGCACUUUCUCUUCCUCCACGGUUCCCACAACCUCCACACCGCCGUCUGUGUACGGAAGCCCGUUUCUCCUUGAGCCCUCACAUUUGGUAGAUUGAGUUCAGACGUGAUGCCGAGAAAUAUUGGUGAUCAGAGUGGAGAGGUUUCUGUCGGAUCGACUACAGUUUGCGAUGACAUGUCAUUUGGCUGGCCCAGUGAUGGUGAUGAGCCCAUAUGUUGUGGGAUCAUUUCUGGUUUGGGGAGCAUGAAAACCAAAUAUUGUAAGAAAAAAAGAAAUAUGUAAGGGAGCAAUGUCAGAGAAAGAAAUCAUUUUUAGUUCAUAUUUUAAGUUUAUUGAUCAUGAUCGUGGCCUGUCCAUCGAUUGUAGUUUUUUUAUGCUAAUUUGUAAUUAAAAGUGGCUCAACAAUUGAAUCCCCCUUUAACAGAAACCUUGUGACACUCGACAAGUUGCCAAAACCUUUCAGCUACAGAAUUGACAAUCCUCCAAAUUUAGUGCAGAACUUUAUCUUGAGGUUCGGAAGAUGAAAGUUUGUGUGAAUGCUCAUUCAUUUGUCCUGAAAAACACAAUCAGCAGACGUUUGUGUUGCCUGUGUUUUCUCACAGAACAUUCUGCAUUAAGUUAGAAAACGGCUUGUUGUCCAACAUGCUUUGACAAACGGUUGCCUGCCGGUCGCCGGUCUGUGGCAACUCCUGCUCAGUGGAGAGGCUCUGUUUGAAGAGGAAGUCCUUUGUAAAUAGCGGCAGAUGUUUUCCCAGCUUAGAGUCGGGAGAGAGACGAGCAAUCGGAGACAUUACCAGACCUUAUCCACUUCAACACAUCAUUCUAGUUGACCGGGACCUCGGAGAGUGAGCGGGACGUUCAGCACUGUAACCCUCCGACAAAUGUCAAUGUCGAUCUGCAGGAGAAGGACCCCGGCAGUGUUCUUGACCUGCGACGAUGCAAACACAGUGUUAAGGGUCUCCUUCAGUUCCCCGUCACGUAACCCGUGAGAUCCACAAAGAAAAGGUGUUUUGUACAUACACGUUUUGACCACUGCUUCGCAGACUUUUAAAUAAUGUCAGUAAAAAAAAUAAGAGAGAGAGAAGUGAACGGGUUGACGAUCUCACUUUUUUUGCACGACGGCAAAAAUAGCUUGCAUGUAACCUGCAGCACAUCCCGACCUGCUGUUUUGAAGGGCCCAGGCUGUUAAAGUGCACUUGUGACAUCAUCAGAGUACUGAUCUCUGAUUUAUUGGUUCAGUAGAGGAGGAAGUCCCAUUGGCCACACUCGUAUGACCAAAAUGUGUUUGGCUUAUUUAAGUAUCCACAAACCCUACAUUUGUGAUUAUUUUAUUUCAGUGUUAGGUUUGAGGUGUGGAGAAGCUUUCAACGAGAUCUCUCUGUAAGUUGAAGCUAGUUUGCCCCGGAGAGAUCCGAGUCCAGAGAUCCCUGACUGGGAACCUUCACCCAUCUGAUCAGAGUUGUUGUUACUGGAUAUGAUUUGGUUCAUCAUUGUACAGGAAGGGACCAGACUCGUUAUGCCUUUAAAUAUUGAGAUGAUAUUAAAUGCAAGUGUUCCUGAUGUCACUUGGGGACAGUCGGGGACUGUUUUAGUUGAGUGGUGUUUUCAUUCAGGGAAUCCACUGAGAGUGGGCCAAUUGUGGUUAUUUAAGUAAAUGAAUGUACAGACUUAUUACGUGUUAUGAUUAGCUUUUUAAGCAUUGGUACUGAAAAUGAUGUUCGGCAACACACAGCCCUGUAACAUGUCUGCACUCUACCUUACCGCUCUGUCUGCUGAAUCCCCUCAACAGGUCCGCAGCAUUAAUCAGCCUAGUAAUAAUAAAGUUCACCAAUCGGCCCACUGGCACAUGCUAUCACACUGCUGGUCCUCACAGACCACAUGGUUCUCCUUGCAAACACUAUGCAUGUUCUACAGUACCCUGUCUUCUUUGUUUCAAGCGGUCAUGUAAUAUUCAUACCUGUAUUUAUAUAUUUUAUUUUGUCCUGUACAGAAGGGUUUUUGUUGUUGCUAUUGACUUCUACCUGUGAUAGGUUUGCAACAAUGUAAAGAAAUUGUUUGCUCUAGAAAUAAACAGACUAAGAACUGAA